GCCUGCGCUCUGACAGAGGGGGUCAAUACACGCCCUUAUUUGUAAAUAAGACGUUAAGCUAAAGUAGAUGUGCAUUGUGGAAUUAUAUUAAAAUAAGUUUAAAUCAAUCAAAGAACACCAUGGAGACAGCUCGUGACAACAUGACAGAGUUUUGGAAGGAGCACUCAAAGGGCGCCACAGUGGAGGAGAUGAUGCUCGACUCUCGUGCCAAGGAGCUGACCCAGCACGAGCUGCCUGAGAUCCUAUCCAUGCUGCCCUGCCUGGAAGGGUACAGAGUGCUGGAGCUGGGAGCUGGCAUUGGUCGCUACACCAGCCACCUGCUGACCAGGGCCGCUCAUGUGACAGCUGUGGACUUCAUGGACAGCUUCAUGGAGAGGAACAGGCAGGAGAAUGGUCACCAUAGCAACGCUACAUUUAUCCAAGCUGACGUCACAAAGAUGGACCUCCCCAAAAACAGCAUUGACUUCAUCUUUUCCAACUGGCUGUUAAUGUACCUGAGUGAUGAGGAGCUAGAGUCCUUCAUAGAGAAGACCCUGGGCUGGCUGCGGCCUGGUGGCUUUCUUUUCUUCAGAGAGUCUUGCAACCACCGGUCAGGUGACUCCAAAAGAGACUUUAACCCCACCUGCUACCGCACUGACGCCCAAUACAGCCAUCUGGUAUCAUCAGUGCAAGUGGAGCAGACAGAGGGGAACCAAAAGUUUGGAUAUGAUAUUGUGUUGAAAAAGAAAGUCAAAGCCUACAUUGAGAUGAAAAACAACCCAAAUCAGAUCUGCUGGCUACUAGAGAAAGUUCCCCGCUUGUCCGUCACCCAAAACGGAUUCACUACUUUCCAGCAGUUUCUAGACAACCAACAGUAUACCAACCGUGGUAUCCUGCGGUACGAGAAGAUGUUUGGAGCUGGUUAUGUCAGCACAGGUGGACCCAGUACCACCAAGGAGUUUGUGGACAUGCUGAACCUGAAGCCCGGACAGAAGGUCCUUGAUGUCGGCUGUGGUAUUGGUGGAGGAGACUUCUACAUGGCAAAAACCUUUGGAGUGGAAGUGCUUGGCCUGGACCUCUCAGACAACAUGGUGGAAAUUGCCAUGGAGCGAGCAAUUGCAGAAAAGCUGCCAUCAGUCCAGUUUGAGGUGGCUGACGCCACUAAGAGGGUGUUUGCAGAAGGUUCUUUUGAUGUGAUCUACAGUAGAGACACAAUCCUGCACAUAGAUGACAAACUGGCACUCUUCAAACGCUUCCAUUCAUGGUUAAAGCCAGGCGGAAAGUUGCUUAUCAGCGACUACUGCUGCGGUGAAAAGCCCUGGACACCUGUGUUUGAGGCCUACGUCAAACAGAGAGGCUACGUCCUCCAUACUCACGCACAGUAUGGCAAGUUCAUUGAAGAAGCCGGUUUCAGCAAUGUUAGGGCAGAAGACCGAACAGCCCAGUUCAUCCAGGUGAUAAAGACAGAGCUGCAGAGAUCAGAGGCCAUUAAGGAGGAAUUCAUUGAGGAAUUCUCUGAAGAGGACUAUCUUGCAAUCGUAAACGGAUGGAGUGAAAAACUGGGACGUUCCAACGGUGGAGACCAACAAUGGGGACUCUUUUAUGCAACAAGGGAUUGAGUGAUUGCACAAAGAAUGUAGAAGAUGAUGA